GCGGGGCUGUGGAUAUACAGUCCCGCACACGUGGCCGCCAACCUCAGCACCGUUAUAUCGCUGCUGCUGCUGCGUCUUGUGACACCGCCACGUGUUUUCCUUCCCUCCACUUCGCUUUAUCUCAUCUCGCGGCAGGCAUCAGGGACGACUGCAGCAGCAGCAUAAAGCGACGAUAACACAACGCGGCGGUGGGCAGCAGCUAGCCGGAGAUACAUUGAACAGCACGCGGCACGAUGCAGACCGCUUCGGGCAUCUCGCGCCGGCCGGCGCUGGGCAAGCAUCUGCUGCGGUCGAUGUCGCAGACUCUGGCUCCCGGCUGUGGUCGGGCGGCCACCGCGGCAGUCGGCCUCGGGAGGUUCUCGUGCCGGCGGAGCGUGGCCACGGGCUCACGGCUGGAGCUGGGCAAGGCCGAGCCGUCGCCACUGAGCCUCGCAACGCUGCAGCCCAGCUCGGCAGCACGGCCCCGCGAUACGAAGAGGGGAACACGUCUUUUGCCCAAGCUGGAGGACCUGCUGUUCGACACCAUCGCAGAGGGACAGGACAAGAUACCCAUCGUGAAGUUCAUCACCGCCCUCAAGGCCACCGGGCUACGUCCGUCGGACCCGCGCCUGCGGGACUCUAUGACGACGCUGCGCAAAGCGGUGAAGACGGCGUCCGAAGGGGUCACCCUGGACAAGGAGCUCUUCCGGAGGUGCGUGAGCAGCAACAUCGUGCUGCUGACCCAGGCGUUCCGCCGCAAGUUCGUCAUCCCCGACUUUGAGAACUUCACGGCGCAGGUGGACAACAUCCACGAGAAUGCGCGGGCGCUCACCUGGGGGAAGGUUGCUGACUAUAUUCCACAACUUGCAAAGUUCAGCAAAGACCUCUGGGGUGUCUCCAUCUGCACUGUGGAUGGGCAGAGGCACUCGGCGGGCGACACCAAGUUGCCCUUCUGCCUGCAGUCGUGCGUGAAGCCUCUUGUCUACUCUGUGGCUGCCAACGAGCUGGGCACGCAGCACGUGCACCGAUACGUGGGCAAGGAGCCGAGCGGACUGCGCUUCAACACCCUCUCGCUCAACGAGGACAACAAACCCCACAAUCCCAUGGUCAACUCGGGCUCCAUCGUCAUCACGUCCCUCAUCAAGCAAGGAGCCAGCACAGCAGAGAAGUUUGACUACGUAACAGAGAACCUGGCCAGGAUGGCCGGACACGAAUACAUUGGCUUCAGCAAUGCCACCUUCCAGUCCGAGAGGCAGACUGGGGACCGCAACUUCGCCAUCGGCUACUAUUUAAGGGAGAUGCAGUGCUUUCCUGAAAACACCGAUCUGACUGCCACCCUGGAUCUCUACUUCCAGCUGUGCUCCAUCGAGGUGACGUGCGAGUCGGGCUCCGUGAUGGCCGCCACGCUGGCCAACGGCGGCAUCUGCCCCAUCACGGGCGAGCGGCUGCUGAGUCCCGAGGCCGUGCGCAACACGCUGAGCCUCAUGCACUCGUGCGGGAUGUACGACUUCUCCGGCCAGUUCGCCUUCCACGUGGGGCUCCCGGCGAAGUCGGGCGUGGGAGGGGGCAUUCUCCUGGUGGUCCCCAACGUUAUGGGCAUCAUGUGCUGGUCCCCCCCACUCGACAAACUCGGCAACAGCGUCCGGGGCAUCCACUUUAGCCAGGAGCUCGUGUCAAUGUUCAACUUCCACAACUACGACGACCUCAGGCACUUUGACAAGAAGCUGGACCCACGGCGCGAGGGCAGGGAAGCUCAGGCUAAAACGGUGGUGAACGUCCUCUUCGCUGCCUAUAGCGGGGAUGUGUCGGCACUUCGAAGAUACGCCCUCUCGGCGAUGGACAUGGAGCACAGGGACUACGACUACAGGACGGCGCUGCAUGUGGCGGCAGCAGAGGGGCACUUGGACGUGGUGCGGUUUCUCUUGGAGUGCUGCAACGUGAGUCCCACGCCCAGAGACAGGUGGGGUAACACGCCGAUGGCCGACGCCGUGCUCUUCGGACACUCGGACGUGGCCCAGCUGCUCCGGGAGUACGAGCUCAAGUACGAGCAGGAGGAGAGCGUCGCCGACAGCGCCCGGGCCUUGCAGGGGAACCCACAGGACAUGGCCUAGCAGCUCCCGACCGCGAACGUUCGCGCAGAGCGAGGGGGGCCCUGGGGCCGACCGGGCCGCACUUGAGCUCGACCUCCGGCAAGAGGCCGCUCGGGCUCAAUGGAAGCUCUGAGGCUGAGCAAGAGGGUGCCUGGGCUGUGAAUGUGGCCAUCAGACUCUGCUGAUGUCCAAGUUGUGGGCCCCCCUCUGGGCUGGGGCGGAUGACUGUCAGUGUUAACGAGAAGGCUUGGUACCGUGAUACGUAGAUGGAUGUUCGUCGUCGUCCGAGUGUGCAGUCUGUGAAGCGUAAUCUUAGGACAUUGCAAUUUGAAGCUCCCGUUGCAAAUGUGAAUUUCACUCCGACAGGCAUCCUUGGUCAAGAACAAGUAGCACACUAUAGGAUAAGUAUCAGGAACAGUGGUGGCUUGUCAUUAGGGGCUAGUGGAACAUGGCCCCACAGUGAUAUAUAUUAAAACAACUUUAGGAAUACAUAUUUGCACGUUAAUGUGCUCGUGGCACGUUAACGUUUUUGCACGAGAUAAAAUACAAUUUCUCAAAGGGAUGGCUAAUCGCAACUGGAAACUAAAACGACUGCGUAGCAGCUCCGCGGUGAGCAAGCGUGCGAGCGAUCGUGAAGAAAUGCCGCUGCUGCCGCUACCGCUGCUGCUGCAGGGCUGGUCCCUAGCAGCAGCCGCUGUGAAGCGAGGACGCUGGGCUCGGCAGUCACAGGACCAGGCCAGGGCUGCUGCGCAGCACGUUUGUGCCCUCACGGGGCUUCUCUCUGCGGGCAGUGAAGAAGCCCGGGAUAGUCCGGGGCCCCUUCACUGCUGUGCCCUGCUACACUUGCGAGUUACUACACCACCACCCCCCCCAUAUCCCCCCAACUCUAUAGGCAGCCGUACAACAACAGCUGUGGACUCGCUAUUUUGGUUUCUUGUCGACCAGAGGAUUGACAUGGUGCAGGUGCGCUCUGUGUGUGUGUCGUGGGGCCAGUCGUCUUUUGGUCAAACAAAACAAAAACUGCUGAUUCCUUUCAGAGUCCCCUGUUGUAAAUUGAGUUUAAGUUGUUUCUCAUGUACUGCGUUGUUUUUACUCAUGAGUACUUAAGGACAUAAAAUAUAGUUAUGUAUAUACUGUACAUGAAUUAUUGUACAAAUGUUUUUAAUCGCGUGUUUGUGUGAGCGGUUGGGCUAUGCAUGACGUAGCUAAACAUCCAGAUUUCAAGAGCCUUAUAGCUGAGCAAUUCAAAUUUUACUCUUUAAUACGAUUAAGGCCUUAGUUUACUUGCUAGUCACUUUUACCGACGUCCAAAACUUAUUGGACACCUUUGGGCCCAGUGUUCCUGUAAGGCGCAUGGUGAGAAAAACCAAUGUCCUCGUUUAAGGUACACUCAGAUUUCAACCAAAUUUGAAUUUGGUUUGAUUCAAUCAAACUCAAGGUUUAGCAGUCAUCAAAGCCGAUGUAUUUGUUGUCACCUAUACCUUGCCAUCGCUUCCUUACUUCUGACAGAUCACACAGCUGUUGUAAAGUCAACAGCCAAUUUCCAUGGUACACUAUUAUUCCCCUGCCAUCUGGCUUGCAUUUUUUUUCUUGGGUUUCUGACUUCUGGCCAUCCACUCCAGUGUUUGUGUCAGUAAUCGCCCUCCGCUCUCCAACAAUAUUACAAUUGUGGCAUUUUGUUUCAGAUUGGAUAUGCAUAGUUUCAUGCACUCACACUAGCAAAGAGUCAUCGGUUGAUUUCUUGCAGCUACCCUGUACAUUUUGCCGUGAUUUACCUGGGUCUUGUUCAGUGAAUGUUUGCAGCUUGGCUAAAUCUAUUACUUCAAUAUGUAUUUUUCUAAUUAUCGGAUGUAUAACUCCAUUAAUCAGUCAGCCCUGUGCCACGUGUACCGCUGGAUGGGAAGUGAUGAGCGCGUGCCUGGCGAGGAUCAUGUUGAGGUUGGCCGCCAUUUUGAAAUGUGCCCAUAUAAUCGACCACAGAAAAGUAGUUCAUUACUCUUCUUAUUUUCUAAAUACGUUUUUAUCAAUAAAUCGUCACAGCCCUAUACAUAUUUUUGAUUCUGUGUUUCAAGGUGUUGCAAUAAACUGCCACCUUGUAUAAGUAUAUGGGUUUAUUGUGUUUUAAAUUUGUUCAAACCACAAUAAGAUGGCCAGCAAAAUAUGUAAAGAAAAAAACCUGUAAUCCUUAAAUUCUGACAAGAGUUUUGACAUCGCUGAAUACAAAUCUUGUAUUGUAAUUGCGAGUGAUGGCCUUGAUGGUAAACCUUUAGACUUGAUGUAUUUCUCAUGAGGAGACCUAAAAACUAGAAAUUAGUGUUGUGAAGCACAUAAAGCCUUAAUGUAUUUCAUCUUUAAAUCGUUGUUAGGGUGGACAUUUUUUUCAUUUUCGCUUUGUGUGCAAGGCUUCCUCGGAACAUUUCUCAAUCGGGCAACACAAAAGCCGGAGAAACAAAACCUUCAGAUGUAAUGCAGCUGCUGUGCAUGGUGCUUGCCUGCAUCUGGGCCCUUCUGCAGGACCUCCACAGAUUGUAGCAGUUCGACACUGGGCGAGCAAUCGGCGAACUUCCCUGUGGCAGAUGCCACGCCAUUUUCUGUGGACAUAACGUGGCAUGAUGCAUUCGUUUUUUUUGGCACAGAUCGUUUACUCUUUAGGGUAUUUUCUUAAAAUUCUACUCCAAGCCUUGGGUGUCCUACUCUUGAAAACUAUUCUCUACACAUCUUGUGCCAGGUGUAAGCCACGUGUACAUAUUGCAAUUUGUUUCGAAGGUGAACACUGCUUUAUUUAAGGGAUGGUUACUUUCCGUACCAUGUUUUGUACGUUGUCGAGUGUAAGAUGUGGAAUAAGCACACCAUCAAGGUGCUUCCUGCACUUCUGGCUGUGUUGGACUUGAAGCACAUUUUAAGUGAAGCAUUGUUUUUGUUUGCCAAGUGCUGUUUGUGUGUUGUUUUCCCAGCGUGAAUUAAAGCACAUUUCUUCAUUG